AUGGCCUCCCAGCACGCGAGCGUAAUGCCAGCGUUGGAUCGGCUGGUGGCGGAGAGAGCCGAGAGCGAAGACAACGGACCGGCCCUGCUCAACGUUCUACAUCGAGCCAGCUUCUGUGGUGACGACGACAUUCAGCGCGCCAUCACCAGGCACGCCCUUCUCAUCAUCAUCAUCAGCAUCAACACACACACGCGACUCAACGCUUCUGCUCGCAGACUGCAGAAGGCGUGUCACGGCGUGCUCUUCCACUACAUCGCGGCAUGGACGGUAUAUGGACGCCUGGUGGAUAACGGCAACGAGUUCUUCAUCCGCCCGGCCUACUCCACCACCGGCCAGCAGGAGGACGUGUCGCUGGAAGAGGCCCUGAUUCCCGACUACCUGGGCCUUCCAGUGUGCCGACAGAUUCUCUUCAUCGGCAAGUCAGGCGGAGACCAGAGGUGGCGGGACGACACGCGGUUGCUCUCCGCGCGCCUGGUGGCCCUCGCGCGGGUCGAUCGCUUCGACCUGCGCGCCGUGGAGGAGACCAUCCACGCCACUCAUCGCAGCCUCACCUCCCACUUCUCCCGCUGGCUGCUCCACCACGCCGAUCUGCCCGCCCACCUGACCGUGUUGCGGGACUUUUAUCUGUUUGGCCACGGGGAGCUCUACAACCGAUUCCUCGAGCAGGCCCGGCCUCUUCUCUGCAAACCCCCGACCGACGAUUCCGAACGAGAGGUGGGAAGGUUGUGGCGCGAGGCACUACUGGUGGUCACGGGCGCGGGCGCAGAGGAGCCGCGACACGCCGGCAAGAAGGCGAGUCCACUCGUCGACGUCCGCCUCAUCCUUCCGCGAUCCAAGAGCAACCCGUCGGCCCUUCUCGGCUGGGACGAGCUGAAGUUGAGCUGCGAGUUCAAGUCAAACGUGGGCUUGUCGAUUCUCUUCAACGACGACAUCACCGAGAGAUACAACGAGUUGUUCCGAUUUCUGCUGCGACUGCGCCGCGUACAGAUGGACCUCGAGCGUGUGUGGGUCGCGCAGAAGCAGUGGUCGCGCCACCCUUCGGCGGCAGCGGCUGCCAAGGCGAAGGCUUCGAGUCUUCCGGCGGAGGACAAGACCGCCGUGCGGCUCGCCUGCCUGCUGCGGCUCGAGAUGUCUCUCUUCGCCGACGGCCUCCUGCACUACAUCCAGGACGUGAUCGAGGUGGAGUUUGGGGAGAUGUGCGACAAGCUGGGCGGCGGGGAGGCCAGGGGCGGGACAGACGUGGAGGAGGUGGUGGGCCUGCAUGAGGCCUUCCUCCGCAAGCUCGCCGUCUACUGCGCCUUCUCCAACAUUCCCUCCAUCCACGCCUCCCUCACCCAAAUCUUUGCUCUCUCCCAAGCGUUUGCAGACUACGCGACGUCGGGCGGACAGCCAUCCGGCGCGCAUGUGUCGACGCUGGGCGCGUUCCUGCAGGGGUUCCGCAAGCACCGCACGUUCGUGGUGGGCGUGCUCACGGGCCUCCUGGGCCAGAAGGGCCGGUCCGCCUCCGGCCUCCACUUCUCCGGCCUCCUCCUCCGCUUCCAAAGCUCUUCCGCCGCCUCCUCUUCAUCUUCCCUUUUCCUCUCCUGA